AUGGCGCCCAUUCGCCGAUAUCUCCGCAUAACCAAAUAUUCAGUCCUUGAAUGUCGCAUAUACCUUGAUAAUCCUGCACUCGUCCACACUUGGCUCCUUAACCCGAGGAAUCCCGUACUGCCAAGAGUCAUCGAGAGCGUGAGGCCGCUUGUAUUACCUAAAUUACGUGAAGAGCGAGAAAGAAGUCGAAAGCGAAGUACCAAGAAGAAGGGAAUCAAGGAUGUAGUGAUAGAAGAUGAUUUCGAGGUAUCCAUAUUCCUCACCGAGACAGCUACCCGCCACGCGCUCCUCACAAAACAUAAGCAUUUCCAUGAUACUACGCAAACAAAGCUUACAUCGAACUCGGGUCGUCUGAUUGGUGAGACGAAUGAGGUACCUGUCGACGUCGAUGCUACAACAGAAUUUGGUCCACUCAUUAGACAUGAGGAGAGCGACGAUGAAGAUACUGCUGCUACCUUGGCCGCGAUUCCGGCGGUAGACGAAACUGCGGAUACUAGCAGCGGCAGGCGACCCAAGCGCGGCCGUAGGAAUACAGAAACAGACGCAGAUCGCGACGUAAAUGAUGAUCAAAACAAUGAUGUGGAGAUUGUAUCUGAUAGCCAAGAUGGUGAAGACGACAGCCUAUUCGUCAAUGAUGAACCAAAUGACGACGCUAGCACGCGGCCGCCACCAGCCAAGAGACGCAGAGGGGGAGCAGCAACGCCGGAGGGUGACAAUGCCGAAGACGACGAUGAUAAGAAAAAACUGGCUAUGGACAUCUCGUACGAGGGAUUUUCUAUUUACGGACGCGUGCUGUGCCUCGUCGUCAAGCGCCGCGAAGGUAACAUCGGCGCCGGCCCCCAACCUGCGGGACGCGGCAGGACGUCGGGUACGGGCGGAAGCCAUGCGACGAAACAUGGGGGCGGAGGCCAGGCCAUGAUGGAGAACUUCAUCAUAUCUACCCAAGUACCGGCGGGCGCAGACAUGUCGUGA